AUGUUGGAUGGAGAGAAAAGAAACCAGACUGGCGUCACAGAAUUUAUCCUCUUGGGAUUGGGGAACACCUCUGAGCCGCAACCUCUUCUUUUCUUCCUUUUCCUGAUAAUUUAUCUUGUGACAAUAAUUGGGAACCUCCUUAUUAUUGUGCUGGUUGUAGCUGACCAACACCUUCACAUCCCCAUGUACUUCUUCCUGGGGAAUUUGUCCUUCCUGGAAACCUGCUAUUCCUCAAAUAUCUUGCCAAAAAUGUUAACCAGUUUGUUAACCGGAGACAGAAUUAUUACUAUGGGUGGAUGCCUAGCCCAAUAUUAUUUCUUUGGCUCUUGUGCAGCUACCGAAACGUAUCUCCUUGCAGCAAUGUCUUAUGACCGUUAUCUGGCUAUAUGUAAACCUUUGCUCUAUGCUUCUAUUAUGAGUAGGAAAUUAUGUUUCCAGCUUAUCGCUGGGGCAUGGAUGAAUGGAUUGCUAGUUAAUGGCAUCAUGAUGUUUCUGAUUAAUGAGCUAUUUUUUUGUGGCCCCAAUAUCAUUGACCAUUACUUUUGUGAACUAACUCCUCUACAAAAGCUUUCCUGUACUGAAACAAGCCGUAUUGAACUUGCUACCUUUCUUUUGACCUUUCUUUUGACUGCUACUCCAUUUGUUCUAACACUCACUUCUUAUUUUUCCAUUAUCACCACCAUCGUGAAAAUCAAAUCCAACAUUGGAAGGCAAAAAGCUUUUUCAAGCUGUUCAUCUCAUCUCACGGUGGUUUGUCUUUUUUAUGGCACCAUUAUGAUUGUCUACAUGUUGCCAGACACACCCACUCUGAGACAUCUCAGUAAAAUCUUCUCUAUCUUUUAUACAAUUCUGACUCCUUUGGUUAAUCCUAUUAUCUACACAUUAAGAAAUAAAGAAGUUCACAAAACCCUCAGUCGUCUUCAAAAUAAAUUGACAUAUUUUUGGAAGUGGUAA